GAAGAAAUGUCAGGGGAAGGGAUGGCCCAGAGCUGGGACUACCCACAGAUCAGCGUCCAGAAUUUCUCCUACAGGUGGACCAUCAGCAACUUCCGUUUUAUUCUGGAGGAAAUGUGGGGACACAUUAGAAGCCCAACUUUCUCAAUAGGAGCCAAUGAGAAAUGGUGUUUGAGAGUACACCCGAAUGGGAUCAAUGAAGAAAGGACAAAUUACCUGUCAGUUUACCUAGUGUUGCUCAGCUGUCGAAAGAAUCACGUUUGGGCAAAGUUCCAGUUCUGGAUCAUAAGCGCCGAAGGAGAGAAAACCCGAAGUCUGAGGAGCCCAAGAGCCUUUGUGUUUGUGCCACGCUACAGUUGGGGAUUCAAAAAGUUCAUUCAUAGAGAUUUCCUCCUGUCCCAUGCCAACUGGCUUCUCCCAGAUGACAAGUUCACCCUCCACUGCAAGGUGAGUGUGUUCCAGGACUCUUUCAGCAUCUCUGAUCAGAAGAGGAAGCCAGAGAUCCAGGUUCCCAAGUGCACACUGGCAAAUGAGCUAGGAGAGCUGUGGAAGAAUUCCCACUUCACAGACUGCUGCCUGUUGGUAGGCGGCCAGGAAUUCCGGGCUCACAAGGCCAUUCUAGCAGCUCGAUCUCCAGUUUUCAGAGCCAUGUUUGAACAUGACAUGGAGGAGAGCAAAAGGAACCGCGUUGAGAUCCAUGACCUGGAGCCGCAAGUCUUCAAGGUAAUGAUGGGCUUCAUUUACACCGGAACAGCACCAGAUCUGGACAGCAUGGCAGAUGCUGUGCUGGCAGCUGCUGACAGGUAUGGCCUGGAGCGUUUGAAGCUCAUGUGUGAGGAUGCUCUCUGCAGGGACCUCUCUGUGGAGAAUGCUGCCCACACUCUCUUCCUGGCUGACUUCCACAGCGCAGGGCAGCUGAAAACCCAGGCCUUCAUUACAGCUCAUGCAUCUGAGGUCACUGAGACCUCAGGCUGGAAGACAAUGGUGGGCUCAUACCCCAACUUAGUGGCUGAAGCGAACCACUCCCUGGCUUCUGCUCACUGCCCUUUCCUGGAGCCCCCUCUCAAACGCCUGAAGCAAUCCUAG